AUGGAGAGAGAAUUCCUCAACUGCUUCUAUAGCACCCGUCACUCAGUUAGCAUGCUAGAGCUUACUAGCACAAAGCAACGAAAAGACGAACCUGUUGUUGACUACAUCGAUCGUUGGAGUUCAUUAAGCCUUGACUACAAAGAUCGAGUCUCAAGCUUUGAAGAAUUGACCACUAGUGCGCAUGACAAAGAGCAAAGUAUCGCUAAUCAAGAUGAAAGGAAGGAAAUGGAGAGCGAUCGUAGAAAUGACAAGUCAUCGAGAAAUAGGGCAAACUCUUUGAAGACACUUAUCAUGGAGUCAAUGAUGAUCAGUGCCGCUCUAAUGAAGGUUUCCACUUGA